AAUUCGCUUCAUUCAUUGGCUCCUGCUUAUCUCUCGCAAUCUGAAUUAGGCUUAACAUAAACAUCCAAAAUGUUUAGGCUCAGUUCUACAACUUGAGUUAACCGAAGUUUAACUGAUUUUCACCCAGUUUAAACCUGCUGUAAACCAAUUAAACUCUAGUUAACUCGAGUUGUGGAACCGGACCUUAAUCCAAACGAAACCUCUUAUAAUAAAACGUUCCUUUUUUUAUAUUGUGAUUUAAAGAUUAAACCGGAAUGCAGAUGUUAGCAUUGAUACUCCGGUUUAAUGUUUCAUACAAUAAAAGCAUAUUUUAACAUCAAUAUAUAAAAUAUAUGGUACAUACUGAUAUCGUUUUAGAACUUUAUAGAUGUGUAUAAAAAUUGACUAUGAAAUUAUGUGAUCAGCAUAUAAAGUAUCUGUAGCCUAAUACUGUUUAGUAAUUAAAAGAACGAUUAACACAAUGAACAAGUGUGUGUUACACACGAUAUCGACAAUAAGGCAACAUUGUCGCUUGAAAAGCACAAUUGUUAGGCAAACUCCUGCAGAAUAUUGCCUAAAUCUGGUUAGAACCAACGAUUAUGAGAACUUUUUGUGCACGUUACUUCUACCAAAAUCCAUUAGAUCAGCUGCCAUUGCUAUUCGAGCCUUUAAUGUUGAAGUGGCACUAGUAGAAGAUCAAGUACGCGAUAAUAAAAUAGGUAUGAUGAGGUUGAAGUUUUGGGAAGAAACACUUUCUGGCAUUUAUAAUGAUGUUCCACCUAGAAGUCCCAUCGCAUUAGAAUUACAUAGGAUACUGAGCAAACACAAACUUUCCAAGCUUUACUUUAAACGACUUAUCACUGCUCGUUGGGAAAAGUUACAAAACUCAAUUUUCCUUGACCUAGAAUCUCUUGAAAGAUAUUCUGACAGUGCAGUGUCAUCUAUAUAUUACUUAUUGUUAGAAGCACAUGGUACAAAGGAAGUACAAGUUGAUCACGCAGUUAGUCACUUGGGCAAAGCACAUGGAAUCGUAACUCUAAUUCGUUCUAUUCCACAUAAUGCUCAUAAAAGAAUUAGCGUAAUACCACAGGAUCUCUUAAUAAAAUACAAUAUUCCAACGGAAACAGUAUUUCGAGGAAAAUGUGAUCAAAGUCUUAAAGAUACAAUCUUUGAGAUCUCAUCUCGUGCUAAACUACAUUUAAAUAAGGCUCGUUCCCUGCAAGGCAAAGUACAGAAAGAAACUAAGUUAAUAUUUCUACCUGCAAUACCUGUGGAUAUUUAUCUUGAAAACUUACGACAAGCAGACUUCAACGUGUUUCAUCCAAAGUUACAACAAAGAAAUCGUUUACUUCCUCUACAGCUGUACUGGAGAAAAUUAUUUCGCUCAUAUUAGUAUAUAAAUAAAAUACCAAACGUACUGGCAUAUAAGUGCAAAAGUAGGCCCUUUUACAUAUUUUAGAAAAAAUGUUUUUAGUAUGGAGAUUAGAAUAAUAAAAAUUAUGAAUUUUGUGUUAUAA